CAGAAUGAGAGGGAUACAUGCUUUACGGCGUACCAUUACCAUCGCGGGGAACGCCGCCCUGCUGCCUCUGGCGACAGCACUGGUUUCACACACUCACGGCCAUCAGGUUCCCUAUCCGAAGAAACAAUUUGCAGAAGCUGUGCUCGGUACCCAAAUCCGAAUGAUAUCCAACAAUUCAGGUGCUGCACCAGGGACAACAAAACUGAAGAAUCCUCGGGCCAUUCCCGGUCUGGAUUUUUUGCGGCGAUGGCCUCGAGCGACGCUGUGGUCAAUUGAGGCUCAAAGUUGGCUGCCUUUCACCCGCCGACUCUCUACACCAGUUCCCCAAUGGAUGCUACACCAGUUCCCCAAUGGAUGCUACACCAGUUCCAAUCAGGCCCUGCCUUUCACCCGCCGACUCUCUAGGCACAUGGGUGCGAGGUACGUCGGCCUGGGCAGUCCUGAAGCUGCAUUCGUCCCUGGAAGUGUCUGGCAAUGGCAGUGAUGCUGCCCUGUUGCUCCGAGUCUCGGUGCUUCGCCAUUUUGGCUGGAGGCAAGGCUGGGCGAGGCCUAAUGUCGUUGCGUGUCUGUAGUUGAGGGCACCUCCUCACCUAGCUGUAGUCACUUGGUGAGGACGGUCGUGUGUGUGUGUGUGUGUGCGUGUGUGUGUGUGUCCCUCCUUUCUGGAGGUUGUACCCCCGAUGUCUUCCUGUUCAAUGCAAUGAAACGCAACUCUUUUGCGUUUUCUCGAAAAAGAAAAAAAAAUUUAGGCUCAAAGUUACAUUUGUCAUAAACUUAGCUCUUUGAAUAGCCAAGCAAUUCAGUUCUUUCCCUAUCUUUCGGGUUAGACAUUUAUCUUAGGCGCCUAACAUCAUGUAACCUGUCCUGUAGGAAACAUAAAGAUGUUCAAAACCGCUGGCGCAUCAGUUCCUUAAAACAUGUGAACAAACAUAAUCCCAUCACAUCUAGAGCCCUAUAUGGAGAAAAGUGGCGUACAAAUGUCACCACUAAGCAUGGCAUUACGCUUACAAUAUCAUUGGCUGAGCUGUUAGCUGAGAUGAGAAAAAAGGGUUGGUCCUUUUACCAUCGGUUGACGCCGAACAUGCUUGUUGUGGAUCGAUUUGGCAGAGUGCACAUUGCUGAUGAUGUCCUUUUGAGAAGGGCAAGUCCAUUCAGCCAUUCCCUAGAUAUUGCAUUUGCUGCUGACACAUUGGAGACGCUUCUUACUUUGGGGAGACAUCUUUAUUUGGAAUACCCACUUGAGGUCAUCCAUCUUUUGAAUCUUAUGAGAUCCCCUUCUGCUCAGCCUGAAUAUAUGAUGCUCAUUCACCCUGCUGGCAUGCAACACCACCAGAGGCAAUUGGCAUAUCUAAAAGCAUUUGACUUGGUUAUUGAGGGCACCCCGAAGAAUAUUCAGUGGUCAGUGCUGCAUUUCAUAUGGCGAGGGUGCCUUGGAUGGGGUACCAUUGUGGAACAAAGCUUGCUACUGAAUCUUUAUUACAGAUUUCCAGUAGCUGGUAGGUACCACCCUGAUGAUGCUAGAGAUUGUAUGCACUUUCUGCGCAGUGCUGAUUCUCACGUGUUCUCAAAGUGGGAGAAGCUGCUGUUCUAUGGAUUUCCAUAUAGCAGGGAGGAUCACCAGUUCCUUGUUGAUAGUAAGCUGGGCUUGCUAACUUGUUUCAUUCAGAGUGCUCUGUGGUCUGGUUUUGGUUUCAACUCAGGCAUUGGAAGGGAACUGUUGAAACGUCUGAAACCUGAAGACCACUUCUGCAAGGCCGGAUUCUGCUGUCCUGUUGGUGCAUGCUUGAGAGCCAACUGCUAUGACCGUGAGGUAAAGCGCGCGAUGGAUACUGAGAUGAUUAAAGGUGUCAUUAGGGUGACAAAUCUGAUACGAUCAGGAACUUCUGAUGAGAUGAACAUACCAGCGCGCUACACAAGUAAUUUUCACCGGAGACCGGCUGUCACUCCACAGGUUGAUGAUGUUAUUGUUGGUUUUAUUGCCACCAUGGAUUGUGAGUUGACUGUGCGAGCUGGGGAUACUGUCGAGCUCCUCUAUGAACCGGAAGACUGUUUUUCAGAGAAAAUCCUAUGGCGCCGAUGGUGUUAUGUAAGGAGUUUGGUACCUGCAGAACAUGGCAAGACAGGCCUAAUCCCGCUCUACUGCCUGAAAAAAUACACUUAUCUUUACCCUCCGCCGUUUGAGACCAGGAUGUUUCAUGCGAACUAAAGGAAGCACCAGAUGUUCUCUUUAAAUAUGGUAUUUUGGCAUCGGAGCAAACGGUGGUCUGUUAGGAUUGGACAACUGGACGUCACAUUACUCUAUGGCGUGAUUUCUGUCCUGAAAAAUACGCUAACCAACGAUGAGUAGAACUAGUGAUGGCAACGGUGGCAUAAAUAGUAAGCGGUAGCAGUAAUUAUCUGGUGGACUGCAUUCAUCGACCUUCCGAUAUACUGUAUACAGGAGUACUAUAAAGACUGGCUCGGUAGUGAUCUUCUUUUAGGAUUUUGGGCUGUGCCGACAAUUUAUGUGAAGGCGACACCUGUAAUGUAAUGCUCGGGAUCUGGUGUGGGGUACGUUGCUGUGUGUGCUUCGCGUGGCGGCAUGAUGGUGUUGGUUUUUGUGUACAACUUCGUUUUAUGCGUUGGUGU